CACGGUGUAAAUGAAGGCGGAAUGUCAAUGAGGUAAGCCGCUUUGAGUCAUUCGCUAUCGCUUUAGUUUUAACAAAUCGUACUAGCCACCCUGGCUACGAAACGUACAAGGACAGCUGAACAAGAAUCACUCAUGUCAGAGCUGAGGACAGGGGCAAGACAUCGGGGAAAUUAUUCCUUAUCUCCGAUGGAUCCCGAAAUGGAUAGGAACGCAAACCUCGACGAAGGUCAAGUGAAAAAUUCAGUGAGUAGAGAAAGAUUAACUUAUGAAAUGAGUGAGCUUGGAAGGCCUGUCAUUCGCCGCGCCACGCGUUUGUUCGAAGCUGUACGUGAUGGAGUAGUGGAUUUAGUGAAUGAACGACUUCUGGAAAAAGACAACGUAAAGGAUAUCGACAGGUUAGACCAUUCUGGGCUAGCUCUGCUUCAUCAGGCGGCGAGAUAUAACCGGACUGGUGUUGCUGGAGCUCUGAUAGACCACGGUGCACGAAUCGACGUCAGAACAAGGGAAGAGGGUCUAACUCCACUUCAUAUCGCUGCAAGGUUAGUCUGGAGAGCUUAGUUUUUACGAGGAUCAAAAUCCAGACUAUAGAUGUAUGUACAAGGUCCAAGUUGGAUUAUAUUGACUGUCUUAGGUUGCAUUAAUCGCCUGAAAUUAUUCUCUGUGGUCGAGCCCGCCAUGUGUUAGGCAGUUACUAUAAAAAAAAAUGCUGAAAUUUUGUUCAGCGACAUUUCUUUUUCUGUAAUUGAUAUAGUGGAUGAAACCUGAUUGUGGCUAUUUUUCAAGAAAAAUUGCCUUAUUUAUGCCCCUGAACAUUUAUAGGUAGGGUCGAAAAGUUAUUACGGUCAUGCCUAACGAAUACAGCAGAGAUCAGUAAACAAUGAGCGUGUAAACAUGAGACACAGUUCACUUUGAUGUGUGCGACCGUUAUAUGAGCAGCGGUAGAGCGACAGAGUGAUGGUAUUUUAGAUUCCCUCAGCAUUUUACUGAUGGCCUUAUGCGCCUUAAGGGGCGGAGUGUGUUAUGGUGAACAUUUUGCAAUUGCUUGUAAUUCGGCGCGAAUUCUCUGCCAGUGGGUUCAGUCGGUUUAUGUUUUGUCUCAAAUUGUUUAGCCCCGGGCUUAAAAACAAAACCUUUUGUUAAUUACUGCAAUUUAGUUAACAGACACUUCCCAUUCAGUCCAAAAUUCCGGAGCUGACUGUUUCAAUUAGAAAUUAAAUGGAACGGACCAUUUCGGAAUGUUGUUUUUCCGGCCCAGGCUGAAUAUUCGUAUUGUUUUGACGAUUUCAAGCUGAAAAUACUCUUCUAUUAUUCUUUUAAAAGUGUUUCGACACAGCUUUUUCGAACACCAUACAGAUAUCAGAUUUUAAUCGUCAAGUGAUUUUAUCCUUGUCCUAUCGGCGCCAUGAAAUUUUCAACCAGGCUGACUGACUUUGGAUUGAAGUUUGUCAAAACUUAGCUUUAAGUCAGUAGAUAUCACUCAGGCAACAAUAGACAAAAAAAUUGAAAUCGGUAAAAUCCGAAUUUUGUGCGAUCUAGACCUGCUACUGACAAUCCGACACCAGAAAAUUAACGUCUGGUUUAUAGCAAAUAACCUCCGUGAAAAGUAAAAAAUUCUAAAUAUUCGAAUUCAAAUAAAGCGUAGAUUUAUUUCAAACCUUAUAUUUUCAAUAGGCGUGAUAAUUUUUGUAAUAAAAAGUUCUAAAUAACUCAAAUUAAUCUUUAUAAGUAGCGUCAGAAUGUUGCUUAAUAUCAUAUUUUGCUGUUCGGAGAUUUUGGUGUAUUUUCUUCCUUGUGAUUUUGAAAACUGAAUUGUUUUCUCACCACCUGUCAAAGUUCAACUUUAUUCUAUUCUCUUUUCUGUAUAUCCCUAGAACCCCUCGACAGAAUUCUUUUUAAACCUCAUCACUUAAUCUUCACGUAUGUAACAACUUCUGAAACUUUCAUUAAGAUUGAUGAACUCCAACCGGCUAAAAAUCCGCGUUACGGCAUUCGAUUCACUGCUUUUUUAUUGCAUCUUUUGAAUCUAAAACAUUGACAAUAUUCACACCGAAAUGUAUUCAGAGUCGUGGAGACAUGUAUGGUCCGCAUUAAUUUAGAAAAAUUAGCAUAACGCCAAAAAAGUAAAUGUUGUCACUACUCAGAUUUGGGAAAUGCUUCUGAUUGGAUGAAGCAAAAAUUCAACCAAUUAGAAGUACUACCCAGGUAUGGACAGAUAUGGUUAGCGGCGUGUCAUUAGUAUGGAAAUUCUUUGCUCGUUCCUCGGACGUCAUUUCGCGAGGAAACCAGUGGUGGCGUCGCGAGAUGUCGGCUGGCUAGCUUUUCAGGUCGUGGGGAGUUGAACACGCUGACAGUACCACUUAGUUUUUGACAACGACCUUUUUCUUUAUCUUGCCCAAUUUGGUCCUUUUAGAUUUAACUGCGUCGCAACUGUGAAGUUACUAAUCCAAAGAGGUGCCAACCCUGCGAUAGCAUCAACCAAUAGGAGCACAGCACUUCAUUUUGCGGCUCGUCGAGGGAAUCACAAAGUAGCGGAACUGCUUCUCGAUCAUGCUAAGGUUGAUAUCAACGAGAAAGACUUCGCCCACAUGACUGCACUUCAUCUGGCCUGUGUCAGUGGAAACAUAGCAAUUUCAAAGAUGCUUCUUGGGAGAGGAGCAGAUAUAAGAGCGAAGUCCACCGAACUCAUGACCCCACUUCAUACCGCUGUGUAUCACGGCAACGCCGAAGUCGCCGCGUUGAUUUUGCGGACGGGUAGGUAUUCUAGGCAAGCCUAAAAAAUCUACGUGCACGAAGUUAGUUCUUAACAUCUGGGGUAUGAUGCCAAAAUUUGAGAGCACAUUGGUGAGAACUUUUCAGGAUGUUGCCCAUUUUCUUCCAGCGUUGCAUAGCGGAAAUCGUUUAUUAAAUAGACCCUUUGCAGCUCCCAGUCACGUGACCUGUUUAAUGCGGAAAAAAUAUGGGAUGCAACUUAAAUAAUACCAGAGAGGGAAAUAAAACAAGAAAAAUAGCUGUCAGCCAAUGCUGAUUCGCACAUAAAACUAAGAUUUUGAGAUUUGGGAUGUCUACACAAUCAGGGACUGUAUAAAAAAAUGCUGAAGGUCGAACGACUACACACAUAUGAAUUUUCUUGGUUAUACAAACCACAUAAAUUCGCACUAGACGCUGUGAUAUAUAUUUUUAAAAGAUAGUGAUUGGUUAUCGUCUGUCGUUUGCCUCACGAAAGUAACUUUAUUGAUCGCGAUGUUUCUACCGCUCUCUGCGUGAUGUUCUUUAGCACAUUUGCUGCUGCCGUUUACGUCAGGCAUCGCGCGAUCAAUGACAAAGUGGCUUUCGUGAGACAAACGAUAAAAGAACCCUAUCAGACAUGAAACUACGAUGAACAUGUUUCAUUUUAAUUAUUUGUCCUGUUCUCUUAGCCGCCGAGGGUAGCGAGAGCAUAAAGGGACUCGUAGAGGACCGAGAUACACAUAACAACACUGUUCUGCACCUUGCUGCUGGAACAAACGAUCUUCAAACAGCCGAGGUGUGCCUUCAGAACGGUGCUGAUAUCAAUGCGCUUAGGACAAACAAUGAAACCCCGCUCUACGAAGCAACAGUGAAAGGAAAUCUAAAGAUGGUGGAGUUCUUAGUCAAAAAUGGAGCAAAUGUGACUGCCAAGAAUGCAGACUCCAAAACCGUUCUUCACAGGUAACAGUUUUGGUGUUAUUGAGCUUUGAAAUUCGCAUUCUGUUGUAAUCGUGGGCGUUUCUUACUCCACUAAGCAAGGUAAGCCCUGUCCACACAAGCACGUUUUAGAUGAGACAACUUUUAGGAGAUGUCGUGUACACGACGGUGAAGAUGUUACAACAUUGUAAUUUUAAGUGAGUAUCACUGUGACAACCUAGUAAUAACCAAAGGUGAGAGAGUGCGGGCGAGGAUGAUGAAAUGUCAAACCGUUCUUGCUCUAACUAAUCCAGUCAAUCUACGCAUUUUCGAGGCUCAACAUCAAACUAAUUGUAACAGAAUUGUUUUCAACGUUAUUUAAGUAAGGGUGGCCUGUCUAGCAACAUACUUAAAAUCCGCCAAAAUCCGAUCGGUGAAACAUGUCAAAAUUAAGCGUUAAACAUUUAGAACUUUAAACACAGGCAACCCACGUUAUUUGAAAUUAUACGUUAAAACAAAAAAAGCACAAAAUGUGUUUGUUACUUUUAUGGAAAAGUGAGAGAAGAAAGAAUAACUGCCAUCUAGUUUUCGGUGAUAAGACGAAGUGUUUAUUUUUUCAAAAAGGAUAAAUGUUAAUCACGGUUGGCUUUUGCACAGGACACCCAUGCUCCAGUCAAGGAAUCCCCAAAUAACAGAAGGCUUACAGAAUAAGAGAGUGAACUGUUGGCUGUAAAACUACAGCAAAUUUAGUCUUAAAGCUUUAAGUCUGAAAAAUGAAGGCCGUUACUUAAUCAUUGGCUUUUAUUAAUUUUCAUUUCCUUUUUUUAAUCAGAUUUCUGUUAGCCGCACGAGUAAGAAAAAUAUAUAUCUAGUUCGAUUUUUCAGAAGGUUACAGCCAAAACAGAGCUCUCCCAUCAAAGUGUUUUCUCUUAGUGAAAAACUAUCUCUUUCUAUUUUUUUCUUUCCUUGUUCUUUUCUAGGGGGAUUUUCAGGCUCAUUUUGCUUUUGGUCUUUUUCUUGUCAAAAGACUGCAAUUUUCGUUCGGUACGUUUUCAAAUAUCCAGCAAGGUAAUGCUUUGGCUUUUACGGCUACCUAUACAUUAAUCUUCGUUAACGUACUGACAUCCUCAAAUAUAAGUUUCACUUUUUUGAAGUUUUUUGUUUUCCUCUUGUUAAAAGUGAAUCGGAGAGGAGGGGAGGAUAGUUUACUAAUUCUUUACGAUGCACAACAUUGCAGAGUUUCUUAGCGGAUAAGCUCCAAUGCCUAUGAAUUGAUAGGUGGGGAAUGGGUUUUCAUUUAAGGAAAAGUGUUGUUACCUUCCCAAAAAAAUUAUAAAGGUUAACUGAACAUUCAUCGCAUAAGAACUUUGGUUCCAGCAAACGUUAGCCUGCCUGCAGACGAUAACUAAACUCUGAUUAGUACCGUCUGCGAAGCAGCGCAUAGAUCCUUGUUCUGGACCUCCAGCCGACUCAACGAAUUACCGGAAGUGCGUUUCGAAUUUCCCUUCAACCUGAUUGGCUAUUACCAGUCUUGCGACAAACAAAACAAAAGUCUUUUUUAACUGGCCAAUCGUGGUGCGUACUCAAAUCUGGGUACACAGCUGGAAGUCCAGAACAAGGAUUUCGGCGCUGUUUCGCAGACGGAGUUAACCAGAGUUUAAUUUCGUCUGCGCGCAGGCUAGCAAACGUUUGUUUCAAGAAAACGAAAUAGUAAAAUAGUGAGGCAGGUUUUCAAGAGAAAAAUUAACUCUGGGUAGCCAAACCAAUGCGUACGUAAAAAUAUAUUGUAAGAGUCUAUGGAGUAAUGGAAAUUCCCCACGCAGAGAAUAAUUUACGCAACUCAGUGAAAAGGUUAACAUGUAGUAAGUUGAAGUGAUACACAACGCUCAUCCGAAGAGAAAUAUAGGCUCCGCAAAAAGAGGAGAGCCAUCAGAAGCCAAGUCAUUCAAGCCUAUUAAUGUCGUGCAUAUGUCCAGUACUUUCGCUCCUUCAUUGACCGCUACAAUUAUUUUCAGACGUAUAGGAUCCCACGAUCGUUAUAGAAAAAGAGGUCUUCAGACUUCAUUUGCCAAUGGACGAAAAAAAACUGGUCAAGGUUCAGGGUUGUUCUCACAAGAGAAAUGCAAGGAGGGAAUAUAAACGCCUCGAGACAACAGAGCGAUUACUCUACUUAUUCAUCUUACCAAGAAAUGAAGGGCUGCCGCAGAAAAUGCAAACUAAACAUACAGAUAGACUAAACUAAAUCUGAGACUGCUACAACGAGAAGAUAAAACUGGAACAAUCACACUGCGCUUGGUUUUCCUUACAACAAAUUUGGCCAGGGGUAAUGAAAAGCGCAGAGCGUUAAGAUCUAGUAAAAAAAAAAUAGACGGAGUCCUUAGCAGAAUAUUUAUUCACUCACAUUGUAAAGCACGGAGUCAAAAUCCCAAAGGAAGUUGCGCAUGUCGCUAGAAAAACAAAAGAAUCCCUGUUUUCGAUCACAAAUAUUGUGUCCAAGGUUUGAACAUACCUACUUCACAAAACUCGAUUACGUACAGAAAACGGAAUAGGUGUGAAACAGUUUGUACUGAUACUAAACUAUCGUCCGUUGCAAACAUUUGGUCGCACGUUAUCCUGCGGCAUGGAUGCAAAUUUAGUAGUUGACCGAAGGUGAGCAAAAUAUCAAAUCAAACUGCUCACCAUCAGUCAGCUACUAAAUUUGAAUCCAUGCUGCACAUAUAAAAAAUUACCAGCCUGUAAAACUGCUAAGUGAAAUACUUACUGCAUUUCUGAUAUUGCGCAAAAGAAUUAUUGUUUUUAACCAUGUUAACAUAGACUGACUAAUAAUUUCCCUUUUAAAUACCGUCAUAGUAAAAAAAAACGAAAAGAAAACAGAAUAUGAAGACAGACAAGUGGCUGGGUAGCCUGUGCAGAUCCGUCAAGACGAAACACUUACGAUGGUGUUUCUCACACAUUAAGUCUGCGUUUUUUAAAUCAAAACUACCCAAAAUACACUAGCGAUGUUGUAUCAAAAAUCCCUGAAAAAAUAAAACACAAUUAUCAGAUGUUUUUCUGAAUUUGUGAUCUUCCUGAAAUUGGGCUUCCUGUGGUGAGAGUUGAAAAUCUUUAUUGCCAAUUUUUCUCAUGUUUCACCGAACCGAUUUUGGCGGAUUUUUAGUAUGCUGUUAAACAGCCAUUCAACAAUUAAAUGGCGUUGAAAAAAAUUCUGUUGCAAUUAGUUUGAUACUAAACCACAAUUUCACUGGACUAAACGCUGUUAGCCUGAAAAUACGCUAGGGACGGCUGCAUUUACAGGUUACAACGCUUUUCUUUGCACAAGUUAAGUUUCACGUGAUAGAUGGUCAAAAUGCGCGAGAUCAGAUCACGAAAGAUAGAAGUUCCAACAAAACGUUUGAUCGGAUUGCGUUCUAUGCAUUCCAUUCAUUCUUAGUGGAAGUCCAGACGAAUGAUGACUAUAUAUAAGUGCCUUUCACACGAAUGAAAUAGCAACCUGGAGAUAAGGAUUGUCGGCUCCCCUGGUCGCGCGCAAUAAAACACUAAAAUCUGCGAUAAUCCGCGCGAGGUAAUUAGUCAAUUGAUACUGUGUGAAAUCCAGCCGACAAGUAACGACUUCUACAAAUUGUUCUCACAGGGCAGCCGUAUUCAAUCGUGUUGACAUCAUAUCUUUUCUGCUUGAUCAUCACGUACCAAUCGACACUCGCGAUGCACAAAACAGCACUCCCUUUCUAGACGCUGUAGCUGCUGGCCAGACAGAAUGCGCUCAGCUUCUUCUGCAGAGAGGGGCAGACUUUAAAACCAGCGAUAUUUUUAUGAAGAACUGUAUUCAUAUGGCUGUUGAGAAUGAACAUCUCGAGACGCUGCACAUGCUGUUGGAGGAAAAAUCCAUUCUGUUCAACCUGUAUAGUCCAGAUGUAAAGGAAAUGGUCCCACUACAUUACGCUGCUAUGGUAAAAGAUGUUAGGGUAGGUACCGUGCUUAAGGGUUCCAUGUAUACUCUCAUGUGUCACACCUCUAUUUUGACCGAUCCCCUUCUUAAUCGGGAACCUAAAUUUGGACCCCAUCCUUUUCCAGUCCGGUCUUUUCCUUGACCACCUAUGACCCAUACCAGAUAAUCUGCAUGAUGGACACUCCGUAUUGAUUCCAAUGUUGUCUGAGAGAGAAAUUACUGUUGUUUACAUAAUUCAUUAACGAAUAAAAUCUACCAGUUCAUUUAUUUCAGCUCAGUGAUAGAUGUGCAAACAAUUGCAUUGAUCGCUACAAUUUUUGAAGACCGAUUGCAUGGAAUGUAGCUUAAUUGUGUCAUUAGGUGGAAAUAUCAAUCUUUUUCCUCCAGACUAGACCGUAUCGGUGAAAAAGGGAAGCCGAGGCAUAUCUUCAGCCAAAUGGUGUUAGCAAAAGUUUGAUAUCAGACAUUUUGAGUUACAUUUCUUGGUUUCGCCCGAGAAAAAUGCGAUCAUUUCCAGAAAAAAAAAACAAUCUUUAUUUCUUGAAUCAUUAGCAGUGAAUGAUAUGUUUGUGUUUUCACCUAACUAGAUAAUGGAUUCACUCUUGGAAAGGCAGGCAAGAUUCACAUUCCACGAUGAAAUGCAACAAACUCCACUACAUCUUGCUGCACAGCAUGGAAUGUUUGCGCAUGUGGAAGCUUUGGCGCGACGAGUUGCCUCUGGUUUAAAUGAACGAGAUGAUAAAGGCAGAACUCCUCUUCAUAAUGCUGCCAUUAAUGGACACAGGUUAGCCAUUCUAAUUAAAUCUGUUUCAAUUUGUUUUUGUAAUCGUCUACACAACUUUGUACACAAUAUUUUAGCGCUUCUGCUUGCUGUCAAGAACGGGAUGUAAUUUACCAGUGUUUUUAUCAGGUAACUAAGUUACGUUCCACCCUUCAUCAGUUAAAAUUGUUGGUAGACACGUUAGAGUAUUGGAGUAUUGUCACUUUUCCUUUUGAACUUGCAGAAAAGUUUGCUACACUCUUCUGAAGCUAGGAGCAAACAUCAGUAGCACAGACAAUGAUAAGUGGACUCCGCUUAUGUGGACAGCCAAACUGGGCUGGGUAAAGUGCUGUCAAGAAUUGCUGGAAAAGCAGACAUCGCUGGAUGAUGUUAACAUGGAGGGAGACAGUGCCUUGCACAUUGCUUGUGGACAAGGUCAUGUAAACAUCGUUAACUUGCUGUUAGACAAUGGAGCAAGUUUGACCAUCUGUAACAACCAUGGUCUGACCUGUUUGGAGGUUGCAGUCCGGGCAGGCAACGGAGAAGUGGCCAUGGCUCUGGUCAAGCAUUCGAGGUAACACUUUACCCUCGCCAGAACAUUUAGGAAUGAUGGUCAUAAUUGGAAUUGUGCAAAAUCUCAUCCUAUUUUUAUAAACAUUAGAAACGUUUCGGGCGCAAAAUUAAGUUGGAAGAAACUGGGUACAUUCGAAUGUCAUGGCCAAAGAUUUAAUCCGCCAUAUGUUUGACUCUGCUUUCUUGAAGACACUGAUUACUUUGUAGCAUUUUUGCAUGAUGCAUGGCAUGCUUCUUGAAUGCUACAUGAAAAAUAAACUUCUUGACUGACUGACAAAAAGGUACUAUCGCUUGUAUCGCAAUGAGGCCACUUGGGAUAAAAUUCGCGACGAUUCGACUGCUAUACGUGAGACAAAAGAACAUUGAUUAUUGUAUUCCAAUAGGAUAAAUAACUAUAACCUUUUCGAGACAAAAGUAACAUUUUCUUACUCUGCAGAUGGCCUGAAGUGAUGGAGUACAAAGACAUCAAUGGGCACACACCUAUGAAGCUACUCAUACAACACUUUCCGGAAAGUGCAGAGCUACUAAUGGAUCGCUGUAUAAAGCGCUCGGAGAUGAAAAGCCUGAAUGACCCAAAGUUCUCAGUUACGUAUGACUUCCAUCUGUUAGACCCGGGCCCAGAUGAUCCAGCUUUUGUUCAAGGAAGGCGUUUCUUCGGUCCCAGUACCAUGGUGAAAUACCAAAGGAUGAAGCUUCUUAUGCAUCCACUUACCCAAGUUUUAUUGAACCAAAAAUGGUCCACGUUUGGACGCUUCAUUUACUACUUUAACUUUUUGACGUAUUUGAUCUUUGUGGGACUUUACUCAGCUUUUGUAAUAACUGAGAGGCAAAAGGCCAACUUUACUAAAACUUUUGAAGUUAAGGGACAGGAAUGUUUCGUAGAAACGUACGGUUAUUAUGACGAAAAUGAAACCUGGCGAGAGUGGGAAGAAUUACGAUGUAUCCCAGUCUCCGAAUUUUACAAUACUCAAUCAAACUUCAGCACGGGAUUUUCCUAUGUCGUAUUUAUCUUCGCUAUUAUCCAUCUGCUGAAGGAGAUACUACAAAUAGUGAUCCAACGUCUGAGGUACUUCACUGAAAUCAGCAACUUGUUGGAGUGGGUGUUGUAUGGCACUUCGUGUGCAUUCAUGAUGCCGUACGUUAUGCCGGAUCACGUCAUAAAUGAUUUAUUUCAGGAAAUGACAGACCCCUAUCUCCUUUGGAUAGUGGGCCUGGUAUCGAUAUUCUUCUGUUAUGCAAACUUGGUGCUCUUCCUCCGCCGAUUUCGUCUGUUUGGUGUUUAUGUUACCAUGUUCGUAGAGGUGACCAAAACGGUGCUCAAGGUUUUGUUGGUGUUCGUCAUCUUUAUUAUUGGCUUCAGCAUUGUCUUCUUUAUUCUAUUUAAAGAGCAGGUGAGGCAUAGCCGAAUAAUGUACCAUGGUGAAUCAUGCCAGACGAAGUGUAUAGUGUAAAAAAACUGUACGCAGUUAUUUUUUUGGUUUGUUUUUGUUGUUUCUUUUCAAGUAUUUUUUUUAUUUAAGACACAAGUAAUUAUGUUCUUUCUCAGUACUUUGUUAUUUUUCUGAUGAUAUUAAAAAAGACCAUGCAUAUAUCGGAGGCCGUUAUCCACCUGGGCCUUUGGCCUCGCCGGUGGAUAACACCCCCUCUUGAUCUGUAUAAAUCUUCAUAUCAAGCUCAGCCUCAUUUAAUCGUUAAAUGUGCAUUAAUCAUGUACAUGUGAUAAAACAUUCCUGUAAAUCCUAAAUCAUUCGAUUAUCUUUAACAGGAUGCUUUUAAUGAGCCUGGUAGAGCUUUCAUCAAGGUCGUGGUGAUGAUGGUUGGCGAAUUUGAAUUUGAUGACACUUUCAUUGACACGAUUGGCAAGAACAGUACUUCAACUCGAAGGCCACUCAAUCCGUUUCCACAAGCUGCCUUUGUGUCCCUGAGUAUCUUCAUGCUACUCAUGGCAAUUAUACUAAUGAAUUUGCUGGUAGGUAUAUCCAAGUAUGUCUUAGGCGAACCUACCUUAUUGAAGGAGCUACGCGGCUUUCAAAAGCUAAAACUUUUUAGCGUCAGUUGAAUUUCUAAGAUGAUGGUCCAGUUUUGUUAUUCAUUCAUGACUAUAUUUAAGCCACUGAAACUGUUUCUUGUCGUCUGUUUAAACGGAUGGAUUGAAACUUGAAAAAGUUGAGCCAACGUGAUCAGGUGUCAAUGCUAUGUCUGCACAAACCACCAAAGUUAUUACGGUUCGUGCUCCUUAAUGAAAUUUUUUAAAUAGAUAUCUUCGUCAUAACUCUACACACUAUAAAUCAGAAACAUCUGUUGUAGCUCUUAAGACGAAAUCCAUUAGAAAAUUGAGUAAUUUUAAUUUUUAGUGGACAAAAACCUUGUACCUAAUUUAAGCAAUAUUGCAUUCUUUUUUACAUUUUUCAAGGGGUGUAGAUGUAUUACCUGUAAUAACACCAAAGAAAAUUUCUUAUGUGAGCCCGAGAAAAUAAAUGUUAAAUUUCACCAAAUGACAUCUUACACAUGACAUUUUCAAAAUUUUACCUGUGUUUUCACAAUUUUUCUGAAAUUUGACAUUUAUUUUCUCGGGCUCCUAUGAGAAAUAGUCUUUGGUGUUAUUACAGAUAACUAAUUAUAUCUAUAGCUUUUGAAAAACGCAAAAAAGGAUGCGCUAUUGUUAAAAUUAUUCUGGUGCAAGGAUUUUGUCCACUGAAAACUGAAAUUACUCAAUUUCCUGAUGGAAUCCGUCCUAAAAUGGGGGGUUUCGGUAAGUAAAAUAAGAUACCGUACUAUUUUUGAGUCUAAUUUGGCUCCCUUAAUCAGGGCCAAUACAGUCCAAUUACCUUGGGUUGAUUUGGACGCAAGGGCUGAAAUGAGCCUCAGCGUGGGCUGAAAUAGCCUUUUGAUGGGGCUGUUUUGGCUGACAAACGGCUCCAGAAAGGGCUGAAUGAGACUUUGCCAUGCAGGGCUGAAUUAGCACUUUAUGGGUAAAACCGAUCUUUUUAAUUUUCAGUGCAGGAGCACUUUGUGUAUGUUUAAAGGCACUAAGUAAUAUCGCUAGGAAAUAUCAACAAUAUCCUUGUGACAAUGAGUUCCUUUAAAUGAUCACUUACCAGUUGAUUCUGGACUGAUCAGUUUCGCUCACCCGAUAAUGACGAUGUGUUGGGUGUUGACGGCCAGUUAUUUUUUAGUUUCUUUCCCCUGGGCCCGGUUCCUCAAAUGAUGGUUAAGUUUAACCCAAGAUUAAGCCAAAUUUUAAGCACGGUUUGUGUUGGAUACCAUUAAUCCUCAGUAGAUUUUAUGUACAAUUUCCUUUUCCCCAUAAUCUUUACAAAGAACGGUUAGUUUUUAAUUCAAUGCGGGCGCACCUUCCUUAACUACUUAGAGUUGCAUAUUAAAACAAGAGUUAUUUUUCCGGCUUAGGUUGGUUUGGCGGUGGGGGAUAUUGAUACCAUACAAAAUAACGCAACUCUAAAGCGUUUAGCUAUGCAAGUGGAAUUUGUAGCUGAGAUAGAGGAAAGCUACCCAAGAUUUAUCACAAGAAGAGUUUAUCAUCCCACGCUAGUUUCUAUGCCCAAUCGACAAAGCAGAUGGACAAGGUAAAGUGCUGUGCAAUAGGCCAUUUACACGAUUAUGUAAAUAUACCUCUACUACCAGAAUUCUUCAGGGCUUUUUUUCCUGUGCAAAUUAGGGUAUUUUCAUUUCAACCUAGCUGGGAUUUCCAAAACUAAAUGGUUCCUGGUAGAAGCAGGGAAUUAAUGUAACGCCAUCGCGUAAAGUCGUUUAUUACUCUUAUGGACAUCAACCUACAAUCCUGGACAAACGACGUUAGGACAGUAAUUCAGUUUUCAUAGUUUCUGUAAUUUCUAGGUGCCCUCAUAAGACAGAGCGUCUUUUUCCAAAAUUGCUGGCGGUCCUCUCUCUCCCAGCCUAUACAAUGUUGAAACUCGCCGAGAAACUUCUGGAUACAAGCGUGUAAGGUUGUUGGAUGGGGAGAGGGGUUGGGCAUGUUUGAAUUGAAAAAAGCCCUUGAAACAAAUGCAAAUAAAAAUUGUCCCAAGACUUUGUCCAGGAUUGUAGGUUAUAAUGUUUCCAGCAAGGUUACAGAUAAAUGCGUAGCAUGCUGUUGUGAGUGUAAUUUUUCUUUAUUAUUCCUUGUCUUUCUUUUUUCCUUUUCGCUUUGUUUUUCUCGCAGAUUUUUGGCUCGUAUUGGAAUCAGAAGGUCUACAAAGCUGGACUUUGGUCUUCCGACCGACGAGGAGGAUUCUAAUGGAUCUGAGUACAGUGAAGUUAGAAAGCAGCUCGAUAAAACUAAAAAACGCAUCAAAACUUUGGUGAAUGUCGUCGAGACGCAGAACAUUUUACUGAGAAGAUUAGUUCUGAAGAUUGAACCUGAAGCCGCGAUGAACUUUGAUGACAUUCAAUAUCGUAAUAUACCGCCCAGUGUAGAAGACCUGGCAACUAUAUCACCAGACUUCCUCGAUGGAAAGGAGUCAAAAGACAGAGGAACAAUUCCCGAAACGACAGAAAGCUAAACAAUUGAAAAGAAAAAAGGGAGGGAGUAUGGACAAGAGAAGAGUUUAAACAAGGGAAUUAAAUUGGUGCAGACCCCAGGCAAUUCGUAAUAAAUUACAUGAAAUUUUGCCAUGUUGACAAUGUCAGGAUUUCCCAUAUCAGAAGCAGGCAUCAUUCACCCGAACACGAAGAAGAAGGAGACUAGCAGAGGGUCGUCGCAUCGUUGCUAGGCAUCUCUGAAGCGCAGAGUAUGACGCACCACAGAAAGGUUACAAAACGCGGGCACAAUACCUUCUUGACAAGAUACCAAGCAAGUUAUGCAAGGGUGAGGGUAGACGCUUGUAGGGUCGAGAAGGUUUUCGAUACAGGCUAAAUGAUAAGGAAGGAAAAAGCGGCAUACGAAUUAGAGUUAGUGUAUUCAGCUUGUAUAUUAAAAUUUUUGAAAUGAAUUUAAGACUUUUUUUGAAAGUUAAUGGCAGCAAAGUUGCAAAAUGAGGCCCAUAAGUAAACAAUAGCAAAGGUUUUUACAAUUCUUCCGUCAGCUUUUUUAGACAAUUUGAACCCGCUUUGGAACAGUCUUCCCGUAAGCAUUAGAUCUGCUUGCACCAAAAGUGAUUUUAAACAGAAACUUAAGACAUUUUUAUUCAGCAAGGCAUUUUG